AUGGUGGUCGAUACCGCUUACUAUGACGUCUUGAACGUCAAGCCCACUGCGACUGAGCUCGAGAUCAAGAAGGCCUAUCGCAAGCUCGCCAUUGUUCACCAUCCCGAUAAGAACCCCGACGACCCUACCGCCCACGAAAGGUUCCAGCAGAUUGGUGAGGCCUACCAAGUAUUGUCCGAUUCCGACCUCCGCGCAGCUUACGACAAGUAUGGCAAGGAGUCUGCCCGGCCCACCGAGGGCUUCGUCGAUCCCGCCGAGUUCUUCACAAGUAUUUUCGGUGGCGAGGCCUUCGUAGACUGGAUUGGCGAGAUCAGUUUGAUGAAGGACCUGACUGCCACCAUGGAAAUCAGCAUGGCCGAAAUGGAGGCAGAGGAGGCAGCCGCCGCCGCCGAAGGAGGCGAGUUCCCCGGUACUGACGAGGCUGUCAAGGAGAGCCUCAAGACCGCUGCUGGCGCCACUCCCGCAGACGCCUCCACCUCUGCUCCCCCCAAGGUUGUGGUCGAGGAUGAGGCGUCUGCUGCCCCUGCCGCCGCACCCAAGGUCCCAUCCCCAUCGCCCUCGCCAGCGCCUCCUUCAGGCACGUCCACUCCUCGCAGCGGGAGUCGCAUGCAGAUCCCUAUUCGCCCUGCCUUGAUGGACAGGCCUGCGGACGAGGUUCUAGCCGGGACUGAGGAGUCUAAUACCGACGUCAACAAGAAGGGCAAGGAUAAGAAGAAGGGCGGUCUUUCCAAGGAACAGCGCGAGCAACUCGCCGCUUACGAGAAGGAGCGCGCACGAAUUCGUGAAGAGCGCGUCAACACCCUCGCGCAGAAGCUGCUUGAUCGCAUCUCCAUCUGGACCGAAACCGACAAGGGCAAGGAUGUCACGCAUUCCUUCCAGGAAAAAAUGCGCCUGGAGGUGGAGGAACUCAAGAUGGAAUCUUUCGGUCUCGAUAUCCUUCACGCCAUCGGUCAAACCUACGUCAGCAAGGCCACCGCUUUGCUACGCAGCCAAAAGUUCUUUGGAAUGGGAGGAUUCCUGAGCCGCAUGAAGGACAAGGGUACUAUGGUCAAGGACACAUGGAACACCAUCAGCAGCGCCAUUGACGCCCAGCAAAGCAUGGAGGAGAUGGCCCGCAUGGAACAGCUAGGUGGUGAGGACUGGACCGAGGAGAAGAAGAUGGAGUAUGAAAGGAGAGUCACCGGCAAGAUUCUGACGGCGGCCUGGAGGGGAAGCAAGUUUGAAAUCCAGAGCGUGCUCAGAGAUGUGUGCGACGCGGUAUUGCAGGACAAGAAGAUCCCCUUGGCGAAGCGGCUGGAGAGAGCCGAGGCUUUGGUGAUUAUUGGUGAAAUCUGCUCAAAGGCUAAGCGUUCCCCCGAAGAGGAGGGUGACUACAUGGCUUUCGAGCAGCUGGUCGCCGAGGCCAACUUGAAGAAGGAAAAGGAGUCCAAGAAGAAGGACAAGGAGAAGAAGAAGCAUCGCCACAGCAGCGAUAAGGGGUCCACUCACUCCGCCCAGGCUGCGGCCACGGCCGCCGACGUGCCCAACGUACCGAAGACCUCGUCAUAG